AUGUUGGAAUACACUGCCGAUGUCGAUGGUCUCGGCGCCCUACGCCUCUUUGACGCCAUCCGCACCGUCAGCCUCGAAAAGCACACGCGGUUCUAUCAGGCUUCGAUCCCAGAACUCUAUGGAAAGGUCGUCGAGACCACGCCAUUCUUCUCUCGCAGCCCGUAUAGUGUUACCAAGCUGUACGCAUACCGGAUCACAGUGAACUACCGCGUGGCAUACGGCAUGUAUGCGUGCAACGGAGUCCUUUUCAACCACGAGAGACCGAGGCGAGGGAAAAUAUUUACGAGAAAGAUGGCCAGGGCUGUUGCAGAUAUCAGUGUCGGUAAGCAGCAAUGCCUGUACCUCAGUAUCAUCGAUGCGCAGAGAAACUGGGGACAUCCCAAGGAGUAUGCUGAUAGCAUGUGA